CAACCGCCUGAACGUCGUGGAAACAGCGAACCGCAGCCAUGGUUGCCGGAAGGAAACCGCCCUCAAGAAAGGGUACGAUCGCUCUUUCCUCUUCCUCGUUUGCCUCACAUCUCCGCAUCCGCGCCUUCCGCAAUGCCGAUAUAAGUUGCUGCGAUACGAAAUAGCAGGAUGGGUGAGAUAACGUGUGUCUCAGGCUCCAUGGCCGAUGUGCCAAAGGAUCUGCUGGACCAAAUCAAUCGACUAGAGGAGCUCUUUGUCGUCGACACGGCUAAGCUCAAGGAAGUCACGAAUCAGUUUGUCAGCGAGCUCGAGAGAGGCUUGCGGGAGGAGAAUUCGACCAUUCCCAUGAAUCCUACCUGGUGUAUGGCCUUCCCCGACGGAAACGAGACUGGCACCUUCCUCGCCCUCGACAUGGGCGGUACCAACCUCCGAGUCUGCGAAGUGACGCUUACUGAAGAAAAGGGCGAGUUCGACAUCAUACAAUCCAAGUACCGUAUGCCGGAGGAGCUAAAGACUGGCACGGCCGACGAACUAUGGGGCUAUGUCGCGGAUUGCCUUCAGCAGUUCAUCGAGUACCACCAUGCGGACGAGGAGAUUGAGCAGCUGCCGCUCGGCUUCACAUUCUCCUAUCCGGCAACACAGAACUACAUUGAUCACGGCAUUCUGCAGCGAUGGACGAAAGGCUUCGACAUUGACGGCGUUGAGGGCAAGGACGUAGUCCCACCCUUCGAGGCUGCGCUCACUGAGCGCGGUGUCCCAAUCAAGCUCACAGCCCUCGUCAACGACACUACUGGUACCAUGAUCGCGUCCGCCUACACUGACACGCAGAUGAAGAUUGGCUGCAUCUUCGGCACUGGCUGCAACGCAGCCUACAUGGAGAACUGCGGCUCGAUCCCCAAGCUCGCCCACAUGAACCUCGACCCCGACCUCCCCAUGGCCAUCAACUGCGAAUACGGCGCCUUCGACAACGAGCACAAAGUCCUCCCACGCACUCCCUACGACAUAAUAAUCGACAAAGAGUCUCCGCGCCCGGGCCAGCAAUCCUUCGAGAAGAUGAUCGCAGGACUCUACCUCGGCGAGAUCUUCCGCCUCGUCCUGCUCGACCUGCACCAGAACCCCGACUGCAACAUCUUCGAGGGCCAGGACAUCGGCAAGCUCAAGAAAGCCUACUCGCUCGACGCCGGCUUCCUCGCCGCCAUCGAGGAAGACCCCUUCGAGAACCUGUCCGAAACGCACGACCUCUUCCAGAACUCCCUCAGCAUCGUCUGCACAAAACCGGAGCUCGAGCUCAUCCGCAAACUCGCAGAGCUCAUCGGCACCCGCGCCGCCCGCCUCUCCGCCUGCGGUGUCGCCGCCAUCUGCAAGAAGAAGGGCUGGCAGACGUGCCAUGUCGGCGCCGACGGCUCCGUCUUCAACAAGUACCCGCACUUCAAGCUGCGCGGCGCGCAGGCGCUCAAGGAGAUCCUCGACUGGCCAAAGAACAAGGGGAAGGGCAAGGGCGACCCGAUCGAGAUCUUGCCCUCGGAGGACGGGUCUGGCGUCGGCGCGGCGCUGAUUGCGGCGCUGACGUUGAAGCGCGCGGAGCAGGGCCAGGUUGCCGGCAUUCGGGAUCCGGAGGCUAUGAUCAGGGCGGCGCAGUCCGCGAAGAAGUUUAAGCCUGCGCUUGAGUAAGAGCUGUGGCGCUGCCGGACUGUUUUGUUCUUGUGCAAUGUAGUUAUGUUGUUCUCUGUGCGAUUUAGAGAUCUAGCUCCUUCA